AUGGGAGACUCUUCGGACCCAGAAAUCUAUCAGGAAUAUCGAGAGCUAGCUCUGAGAGGGUAUCGACUUCGAUUGAUGUCAAUACCGAAAUUUGACACUUCUCGAACCGGUUCUUUGCUCAUUAGCGAUGCGGCUGCUAAUUACAAACUCGAAAUACAAUCAGUUAGAAGCGACCCGGUCAAGAAUGCAAAAGACAUAAUUGGCGGGGCGCCGUUUCUUGACGUGUUACUGGCGCUUGGUCGAAAGCCACCGAGGUCCCUACUCUCCAUAUUUGUUAAAAAUCCCGUAGGCAAAAGGCCUGGGCAAGAAACCCUCCCUUAUGGGUUCUCCCUUUCAUCCGAUCUUGGCUUGUUAGUGGUUCAUUCUGCGUACAAAGAAAGGGAUAUGGGAAACCCGAGGGAAGAACUAUUUUCAGAGAUAAUGUUUCGCGUGUGGUAUGAAGAGGUCAGAGGAUCAGUUGGAAAUCCCAGUACCUUACGUGCAGAUGGGUUAAAAAAGCUUGGGCGCCUCAAGUAUAUUAUCCAUGAAGAUGUCGAGAAUACACGCACACAAAAAGUUAUAAAUACAGUUGCAGAGUUUCUACCGGAAAAGAUACGACAAGUGCAAGGUGAUGAAGAGGUUGGGACCCAAUCCGGAUUUUUAAUAGUGCUGGAUGCCGUUUCGGACAAUAUUAUAGAGCAAGAAGCUUUCAAUGCUAUUUUGGGUAGUGAAAAUGGACGGGGUGUAGCAUAUCUUUUGAACCAACAUUCACAUGCUUUUGGUCGUAAAACGGUAGUUCAGAUAAGGAUAUUCUUCUAUGGGACUGGUGGAGAUAACCCAUGUAUACUUUUCAGAGUUGCACGCCUGAGGCUACCACAGGAUGAUUGGAAACCUCCUCAGCUUCCAUAUGACCCGACUUGGCCCAGCCUACGUCCACAUGUUCUGGAUUCAGCUUGGGACUCUAGGAAGAAUGAAAGGGGCGGAGAUGGUGGAUUCGGAACUGUAGAGAACAACUGGACACCUGAAAAUAUACAUUCGAACUGGAACAGUAGCAAAGUUUUAGCUCACUCAAACGGACCUAAACGUACACGUAGUGACCUUUUGACGGGGCAGAAUACACAACGUAGCGCCCCAUUUCAACGGCUUCAUAAAAGAGGGCCCGCAGGCGAUGAUAUAAGACCCAAUCCUCCCAAGGACAUAAGAUCUGGUGACUUAGCUGCCUACAAUCUCGCCGCUAACUUAGGGGAGGACCUUCUCCGAAUCGUUAGUCGACCGGAUAUAUCGGAAAGAGGUUCAACAAUCAUCACAAAAGCGAACAAUAACUACGAAAUUAAUUAUAAGGACACAGAGCCCACUACACUUGAUCGGAGGGGGCCUAUUAGUUUUAUGCUGGAAUUUUAUGUGACAGAAAGUCAAGACAGAGACCCGAUGCUGCCUAGAAUUUUUGAUAUAAUAUCGGUAGACAACAUAAGGCCGACAGCGACACAACGGAGGCCGGGCGAGCAUUUAUAUAACUUUGAAGUUUCAAUUGAAUCUCAUAUACUAAUCAUAAAAGCUAUAAAUCGCCAGGGCGAUAUGGGUUCACCAAUUGAGAGCUCUAUGAGUGAAAUAUGUUAUCGAAUAUGGGUUGGAGCUCACGAGAUAUUCGAAUGGGAUUUGCGUCUGGCGGAUAUCGAAGACCCCUCGGUACCGAUUUCGUUUGAACAAGCAGAGGAUUUGAGACUUCUGUCUGUUGUCAUCAUCGAAAACCCACAAGACGCGAGUACUUUAUCAGUUAUCAACUCAGUUAUCUCUACUUUCGCACAAGUUGAGAGUGGCACAGAGUCGACUAUGCUUUGGAUCGAGGAUUUCUCUGCGGCGAGCCAAGAGUGGGCGCCGAUGAUUGAUUUUACUGGCCGUGGCAUGCAAUUAAAGCCGUGGUCCGAUUCUGAGCCUGAAGAUAGGAGAGUUACUAAAGCAUUUAAUGCCCUUGUCGGAUGUGAAAGCGGCAAGAUAGUUGCCCAAAUGCUUCAGGAUCAUUCCGAAGCCUUCGGCACAAUACGAAUUGAAGAAGUCGUAUUGCUUUCCAGUAUGGGUCCUGAUGGAACUCUAGCCCAUCACCUUCUGUACAAACUUGGAACUCUUGAACCUGUACAACGGGAAGAUUAUAUACAGGGCCCCCAAAGAGACCACGAUACGUACGGAGAACGUGUGGAGGCCGGAAGAAAGAUGCGGACUGACACGAAGCCAAGCCGCCAGGAGGACCUUUCUAGUGCCGGUUCGGAUUUAAUCAUGAGCAAAAAAAACGGGUAUGAGCUGGAAUAUGAAUUUGAAAGAUGGUCGUUGAACCCGCAGGAAACGAGUUUCAUCCCUUAUUAUCUCUUAACAGAUAAGUCUCCUACGGUGGAGCGAAAAACGUGUGUUAAGUCUUUGGAUGAAGGUACUCGUCCACUAUGUGCGUAUACUCUGACAUAUUCUCGUUUAGAUGGGCUCCUAGUCAUCAAAAUGGCUUUUAAAUCGUUUGAUCGAGCCUACCCUAAAGAACAGAGAUUUUCAGAGAUACUAUAUCGUGUAUGGUUCAAUGAAGCCCACCGGCAACCCAGGGAUCCGAAAGUCACAGUAACCAGCCUCAAAUAUAUCGGAGCGGAUACUAUUAUAAACUUGGAGUUCCUAGCAGUUGCUAGGUAUAUCUUCAAACUCCAUGAAGGCUCUAUACAGACUAAAUUUAUUCACGGGUCAUACGGUUAUGAAUAUAUAAUUCUCGAAGAGUCAUCAGAUGAUGCUCAGAUGCAGGCAUCCUUUGAUGCUUUACGAGCAACUGUUUUCGGACGAGCAAUUUCCCGAAUGUUAUACGAUCAUUCAAACGCGCUAGGGGGGAAAAGAAUUACUCAAGUCCUUGUUGCUCAGGUUAAGGGAAGUCCGGAGGAUUGGGACGAAAUAAUGGGAGACAGCGAAGAGUUUUAUCCCGUCGGUAUGCCACCAUUUUACGUCUUAUUCAAGGUGGAGGCGCCCCGGACUGUUAGUGGACCAACUAAGGGCCGGGAUAAAAGAUCCGACAGCGGUGGCCGAGAGGCUAUCCCACGGCGGGCGACAUCGAUAGGAAAUGUUAACACAAUAGGUGAGGUAGGAAACAUCAAGAAAAGAGGUGUCUUCAAGGAGACUGGUGGCUGGUUUACUUUAUAUUCAGAAUUUUUCGACAUUUUCAAUUUAUAUAUAAAGACCACAGUACGUAGUCUUGUAGCCAAACUAUGCAAGCUUUGGUUACUAUAG